ACGUGAGCGUCGAUAAUGUUUAUGUUAAUUACUUCUAUGCGGUAUUUGGUUCGAUAGCUGAAAGUGAAUUAUUUACUGCGGAAGCCAAAGAACCGAACUUUCCUAUUGCUAUCUUGCAAUUAAUUACAAAAGAAAAUACAGAUCCGAGUGAAGACGAGUCAAAAAUUCCAUCUGAAAUUCGAAAUGCAAUUAAAGAGUGUAUCAUUGAUAUUUUAGUUUCGGUUCCAACAAAUAUACAACUUCAACUUAGCGAAGCUGUAACCUUAAUUGCUGAAAGCGAUUUUCCAGCAAAUUGGCAAAAUUUAAUACAGCUUAUUAAUUAUACCAUUUAUUCAUCAGACAUUGAUGAGGAAUUAUUUGAAUAUGAUCCUAUUGAGUUCAUUAGAAGAGAUAUAGAAGGAUCUGCUGCAUCAGACUUUGUGCGUAGUAUGAUGACGCAUUUUAUGAAAGAUAUAACACGAAUUAUUGGAACAUAUAUAAACCAAUUCCUCAAGAAUGUUGAAGAACUGUCUGACAAUAUUGAUUUGCAGCAAUACAAUGAAGAUCCAAACAAUUGGAAAGAUAAAGAUGCUGCGAUCUAUCUUUUGACUUCGAUUGCUACUCCUGGCACUGCGACAAAGUACGGUCUCACAGUGGUUAACGAUCUAGUAAACGUUGUAGAGUGGUUCACUGAAAAUAUCCUGCCGGACUUGCAAACACCCGUUGAUAGCGGGCAGCCCGUGUUAAAAGUUGAUGCUAUAAAGUACUUGUACACUUUCAGAAAUCAAGCUGAGUUCAUUCUUAUCGGCAUAUUUUAUUUAGGUAACAUUCCAGCCUUGGUUCGCUUUCUCCAUGCUUAUCUUUAUCGCGAUUCUUUAGCCAUUAUUGCCAAUAAACAGCUCGAACCUAUUCUUGGUAUCUUCCAAAAAUUGAUUGCUUCAAAAGCUAAUGAUAAAUACGCACCAACAGAGAUUGAGAAUUACGAUGCUGAAGAAGAACUUCUCAAUUUUGAUUUUGAAGAGGAUAGACAAUUUCAAACUACCUUUGCCAAGUUAACAACUGCUAACAAACCAAGGAUUGAUCCUACUGCAUCUAUUCCAGAACCUAAAUCAAGCAUAUCCUGA